CUCGUAGGACGUACAACUAGAAUUUCCUUUCAGUCAAAAGAAGAGAAAAAGAACCACAAAAAUGCAGCGUUUCUUUGCUGCCUCGCGAGGGGCACUUGCCAGGUCUUACAACGCAUCUCCCAGUGUUGUAAAUGGCCGCACCACGACAAGGGUUUUUGGAGGACUCCAAGCUCGUUUCUUUUCCAGUGCCUUGCGGCAGGCGACAGAAGAUCUGCGAGCAAGCCUUCUCCAGAAGCCUGUCAUCGAUCUUGAUGCCGCUGGUCUCGAUGCAGCAAGUAAAACAGCCUCUGAGCCGGCAAAGCAGGCUGCUGUUGAGGAAGGAGCAUCAAACGUACAAACGGAGCAAAGCAUCUUGGAUCUCAAGGGUAAGUCUCGAUAAUGUGCUUAGUGAUACAGUGCAAAUUGUCAAUGAGAAGAAGGAUUGAUACUUCUACGUACAGUGUAGUUACCCGCUUAGACUACUAACACGCGCUACCAGACAUCCAUUAUGGCACAUUCAGGUCUUCUGACCGCUGUAGAAGAGUUUCAAAAUGCGACCAAGAAGGCAAUGAAGCAUCCGCCAGAACGGGUGAAAGCGUUUGAGACUUUUGUGGCGCGAAGUAUUCUCCGGCAUACAGCGGAGGGAACCUCAUCGGAGUCUAUGAAAGCCUUUGCCAAUUCGAUUAGCCGCGCAUGGACAGCCGCUUUGGAGAGCACGCAGUUUCAUCCUAGAGGAAACAAGGGGAAUGAGAUGGCUCUUGUUUUUGCCGGAGAAAACCACCUACUGAAAGUCUUGUUAACAGCAGCGGUCCGAGCUCUUGAAGGAUAUGGCAAAGUUGCAAUUUUGGCCAGCUCGACUGCUCACUGUGAGGAGCUGAAAGAGAUGUUAAUGCAGAUAGGUGGAUCUGGACCGACAACUGGAUCGUUACCGAUCUUGUUGUCCAACACUCCUUCACUGGUUGUAGAUGGAGAACGAGAACCGGACUCAGAUGUCAUCGUCAAGAAGCUCCUCAGUACAGCAGCUUGUUUCGAUUUUGCUCCUGCGUCGGUUCGCAAAAUGGCAGUAGAUGCUGGGAAUUGCCGUGUAUUACUACCUCAGACGCUUGAUGUGGAGAACGACUCUCUGCAGAGUAUCACGCAUGGAUUGCAACGACGCGCGGCUGCGGAUUGGAAGGUAUUAAUUUGAGACGUUCAUCAUUCCACUUUUCGUUUCUUAUUCGUACCAGGAGGUACUAUUUUUACUAACUUUGUCUUUCGAACUGAGUCAAACUCUGAGAACGCUAUCUAUUAUGAACAUCAUCUCUUUGUUUAGCAAAUUUUGAUCGCAAACCCGACAGGACCGCAAAGAAGAUUUCUAUCGAUACGAGAUGGCGGACCGCGCCGACGAACUCCUCUCCCUACUACCUCCUGCGGCUCAGAAACCCUUUCAGGACAUGCUUUCUGGCGUGUUCGAGUUGAUUCGCACCUUCUACCCUACACAAGAGCAUCCAGAUAGCUGCAUGGCUGAUAAUGAUCGUGCGGCAGCAGAAGGAGCAUCUGAUUCCCUUCUACGCAAGGACCACACUUUACGUUUCCGACCCAACAUACACUUCUGUCUCCAGUCUGAUGGAAGUUCUUUACCAAAUGCCCUGACAAAGAUGGCUGUCCUUGCAGAUGCGAUGCCGCCAGAAGUUUUUGCAGCUGCAAAGAAAGAUCCUCAGUCGCAAUCGCAACAAGGACCUCCAUUGACCUUGCACUUGCUCAGCCACAAAGGUGCAUCCACAGCAGACGUGACAUGGAACAAGGACCCCUUGCGUGGUUUCUUGAGGAUGUUAAAGCGUCGUCCCGACGUCUGGCGUGUGGUCGAAAAACAGAUUGAUGUUGACAACCGACAAAGUGGAUGCAGUGCUUCUCCGUGGGAUGCGAUUAGCUUCGAUAGUACUCCUGAUCAUAAGGCUCCUGAUGCGAUGUUCUGUCCUCCGCUCUUUGUCGGCGUACGUGAUCCGCAUUUGUUGCCCCAGUCCUUCCAGCACCGACUCGCAGAGGCAGAGGGCGCGAUUCUACCAGACUUUCCGACAGAUUGUCUCUCACUCUUGAGACUCUUCACGGUGGAGCAGACUGUGGCGGAUGCAGACGGGAGGCCGGUUGCUUCUUAUGACGAAAACAUAAUCGACUAGACAAGUAGAUCCCCAGUACUAUGUAGUGCAUUUAGAAGUUUAUUAUCUCAUCAUGUUGAAUCAUCUUCUUCUUCUAAAGAAAGCUGACCCUUCCACCCAGUGAAUUGAUUCAAGCGUUUGAACCUCCAGAGGAAGACUUUGCCGAUUUUGGGGAUGACUUUGGAGAUGAUGACAAACUACUCAGUGGUUUGGGUGCUGGCGAUGAAGACGAGGAUGAUGAAAUGGAUGAUGAGGAAGAAGGAGCUCUUGGCGAGGAGGGUGUUGAUACUGAGGGUGAAGCAGAAGUAGGUGGAGAGGUUGAGGAACAGUUGAAGAGUUCAGCAGAGACAAUGUUGAAGAGCGGCAACAACGCCACGACUCUCCAGGAGGGAGAAGCCCCAGCCUUUGCGAGUGGGAUCCCCACAUCUGAUGUCACUGGGAUGCCCACAUCUGAGGCUACGCAAGAAAAGCAAAAUGAGGACACGCCGAAGACGGAAGCGAAAACGGAAACGGAAAUGAAGGAGGGCACGCCGGUGUCUACUGGCAAGCAGAGCUCCUCGCAAAGUGUGUGAGCUGCUAGUUCUACUCGGGGACGAUGUAGUUUACAGCAAGAGAAUAUGAUCAUGAAGUACAGCUGAAUAUAACGCCUCAUUCUGAAAAGAGCGAGCACUGGAAUAGCGUGCCAUCUAUCCAAAAUGAAACAUGACGAUUUACGCUCGAUAGAGGAAGAAUGACUCACGCGAUCCUCUCCAAUGAAAUCUAUUAUGUGAUUUCUCAAAAUGAAUGCAGCGCGAUUUUUAGUUUCGUAUGAAGAAGUGAUUGUGCUAAAGUUAAAGAGAAGGCUACUCUUUUUGAUAAAUGUGGCACCGAGUUCUCACAAAAAAAUGGCGAUACACGCCUACAAGAAUUUCUUAAAGACUGACCUAAUGAACAACGCAACUAUGAAAGGAGAUUCUCUUCGAAGACAUGUAAUCGUAUCUGUCGUAAGCAAGAACCUGCAAAAUGAAUGCCGUAUUGUGUUCUGUGUUGGUGUUAUGGUUGUCAUCUGCACGUGUGAAGAAUAAUAUUGAUACAAGACGACCUGCACCAAUGAAGAACAAACAGGGG